AUGCUUAUUGGCCACUUUACCGAACAGCCCUGGCAGGACGACACAUCCGGGUUGAUGGGCACCCAGUCCACCGACCUUAGCAUCAGCAACGAGUACUACAACCCCAGUGUGGGCGCAAGCCUGUACAACCGCUAUCUGGACGAGAAGGUGUAUGCCGAGGAGAUGGGCUUCGAUGCCCUGAUGCUCAACGAGCACCACAGCACUCCCUUCUGUAUGCAGGGCGUUACCAACGUCGGCGCCUCCAUCCUGGCCCGCAUCACCAACAAGGCCAAGAUAAUCAUCCUGGGCAAUGUCCUGCCCAUCUGGGACGACCCCCUGUGGCUGGCCGAACAGUUGGCCAUGAUCGACAUGAUUUCCCACGGCCGCCUGGUGUCCGGCUUUGUUCGCGGCGGCGGACGGGAAAGCUACUCCCACAACUCUCCGCCCCACUUCAACCGUGAACGGUUCGAGGAGGCUCAUGACUUCCUGAUUAAGGCCUGGACCACCCCCGGCCCUUGGCGCUGGGAGGGCAAGCACUACCAUUAUCGAUACGUCAACCCUUGGGCGCGGCCUCUGCAAAAGCCCCAUCCGCCCAUCUGGAUUCCGUCUACCGUCAGCGUUGAGACGGUGAAGUGGACUGCCGAGAAGGGCUACCCGCUGGUGCUGCUGGCCACCAGGCUGGAACCUACCAAGGAGGCUUUCCAGCUUUACCACGACACCGCCGCCGAGUUCGGCCACAAGUCGGAUACUCAGAACGUAGCCUACCUGUGGAAGGUCCACGUGGACGAAACCGAGGAGAAGGCUGAAGAGGUGGGCCGCAAGUACCUGUCCGGCGUCAGCAACCCCUUCCUGUCCGGCAACGAGGGCCAGGUCAAUCCGGCCAUCAUGAACCUGCCGGGACAUACCUCCCGCACUUCCCGUCGCCUGUCCGCCACCGCCUUUGGCCCCGCGGGCCGCUUCGGCACCAACCGCCGCCCUUACGAGGACCAGGCCGCCGAUUACAGUAUUAUCUCCGGCACCCCCAAGACGAUACUGCCCAAGAUCCGCCACGUCCUGGAGUACCUCCGCCCUGGCAGCGUCUUCUUCUGGGACGGCGACGGCGCCAUGUCCCACGACGACCAGAUGCGCAGCCUGCGCCUCAUGGGCCAGGAGGUCAUACCCGCCGUCCGCGAGAUGGCCAAGGAACUGGAACUGUACAGCCCCUUCGAGCGCGACCCCAAAACAGGCGAGUUCAUCAACGACGCGGUUGAAGAAGAAGCCGCCACUCCCGUACCCGCCGACGAUUAG